UUGUUAACAUGUCUGCAAAUGUGUCUGAGAGCUCUGGCACUGGUGAUGCAUCUUCUUCCUCGACCACCCUCGACCCUCUCUCUUCCUCCUCUCCGGUCCGGCUACCUGCCGUUCGCCUGGCCUGCUGCCUACCUACCGUCGCCAUGGCGUCUUCUCAGCUGCUGCCCGCUGCCUCAAGCUUGGGCGACCUGCCCAGGGACGCACUUGUUGAAAUCCUUCUUCGCAUCCCGGCCAAAGAUCUAUGCCGCCUCCGCGCCGUCUGCCCGUCGUGGCGUGCCCUCACCUCCAGCCCGCUGUUCGUCGCGGAGCACAAGUCCCGCCACACAGCUCCACUCCUCGUUGUGGCCUACCGCGACCAGGACAUAGCCAACGGUGUCGAUGUUGUCGACUUGUCCGGCAACAUAGUCAAGCGGAUUCCGAGCAUAGAGAGUGACAUCGUUGUUGAGGACGAGUCAGGCCAUGUCUUUGCCGUGUUUCCAGUCAGCCACGACAGCAUCAGUGUUCUGCGCACCCGUCUUGAUCGCAUCUGCUUCACUAGGAAGUUGUACCCUCUGGGCCUAUGGGUACUUAACCCGGCCACCGGGGUUACUCUCGUCUUGCCACAGUGUCACUCGGAGGAAUUGGCGCAUGAUGAUGAAAUACGGGCGAAUUAUGGGCGUGGACAAGUGGAGUCAUGUGCUUUGGGACAGGUUUCUUCCACCGGAGAGUACAAGGUGAUCCGUAUAGCUACUAUUGGUGACAGACAGCUGUGCGAAGUCAUCACCCUUGACGGCGCAUACUGUGGAAAAUGGAGAGGAAAGCAGAGUCCUCCAGCCCUAGUCUUUGCCAGUCGCGGUGAACACAUGAGAUGUGCCGUCGUGGAUGGAGUGGUGUAUUUCUUGAUGGAUUUUUACACCAAUUAUUUCAGUACAGGGGUGCUAACCAUUGAACCCGGCAGCAUAGCUUCGUUCAACCUUGAGACAGAGGAGUGGAUGGGUACUCUGCAGGGUCCGGGACCUGUACGCACGUUUGUUGAGGACCAUGAGAAUUUCUGUUAUGCGCAUCUCAAUCUACAGUUGUCAUUGGCUGAACUGGAUUUCUCCCUAGUGACAGUUCACAACAACCAUAACAUCUCUAUGGACUUGUGGUUCCUGACAGAUUUUGAGAAUGCAAUCUGGGAGAAGAAAUACUAUUUUCUUCCACCUAUUGCUCAUUUGGGUGUGCAUCCUUUUCUGGUACUACAUGAUGGGAGGAUCUUGUUUUCUCAUGCAGGGGGACUUCUAAAAAGCUAUGAUCCAAAAACCGGAACUUACGCUGAUGCAUUGGAAGUGAGGGAUUCCAGAUCCAUUGGCAUAUACACGGGAAGCCUGCUGAGUCUUUAGAGCUACUUUUACUGCUGAGCCAGGAACCUAGGACAUCGCGGACUGCUGAUGGAAGAUGCAUAUUUGAAAAGAAGUUCAUGUCACUGGCCAGGGCAAUUUUCAAGCUUUUGUCUUCUCCACUACUUUCAUAUAAAAUGCAAAGGAGGGCAUGGGGCCGUUCUAUGAUGAAGUAGAAAACUCCGAAUCUCUAAAGAUCGAGGCUUAUCAUGACAAGUGUGUGUUUGCCAUUGUCAUGGACUUUAGCUAGUUACUUGGGUUUUACAGAAUAUUGGUCUUGUGACUAGUAGUGUAUUCUUUUCCCAGACCUGCUCUUAUGUUGAUGUCGCUUAGAACAUGUUCUCCUUUUGCCCCCUAUGAGGUUAUGAAGCUUAUUUCCAAACAUAUACAUUAUUGAAGAAACAUAAUGAUGUAGACUAUGCAGGCAGUCUGCAGUCUGCAGUCUGCAGUUUGGCAGUAAAACUCUUCCGCAGUUCCUCCAUUCCAAAAUGAUCUUGUAGUUUUUUGGGUAGCUUUUGGGAACUGCUCGAUUCAUAUGUAGUUGUGCUUGUGUUCACACUGGGUUAGAAGAACUUUAAGAUGUUGUGUAGAUUUGGGACAGUAUAAGCAUCUGUUGAAUUAA